UCUGAAUUACUAAUUUUAAAUUUCCAUUACUCUGAACCCGCUUUCUCUCUCUAAAAUCUUUCAGAGAAAGAGAAAGCUGAUGAAACUCUUUGCCGUCCGGAUUUCUUCCGGCUUCUGUUGCCCGAUUAGUCGGGUUUUAUCGUCUGGCAUCGACCGAAUUCCAUAUCGGUGAUGGCCGGCUUUAGUCCGGCAUCGACCGAGUUCCAUGGCGGUGAUGGCCGGCUUCCUUUUUUCUUCUCCGGCGUAGUCCGGUUUUGUUAUUCGGUGUUGGUGUUAUCGUUUUAAGCGAUUUUUCGUUUAAAGAUGGCUCUUCUCCGACUCGUUUCGGUUUAGACAUGCGGUUUACAGCAAAUUUCAAGGAUAGUUGCGAUUAAAGUUGAAGAAAAGAAGAAUUUUCCUUCGCGUAUUUUAAUUUCCUUUUAGCCGUAAUCUCAAAUUUCGGAGCUUUGAUUCAUCAUACAAGAAGUUUGAUCGGUGAGAAACAAAGGAAUCAAUAGUCGAAUUUCAGUUUUCGAUGAUGAUUUAGCGGAAGUUGUUGUCGGGAAAGCUUUAGAUUUUUCAUCCAAUACGUGUGUUUGUUGUUACCACUUGUUGACACGUGUAUUUGUGUGAGAACAAUGAUAACUUUCUUCAUCCUUAAGUUAUGUAACUGUAUGGACUUUUAUGGGCUGUAAUGUAACCAAGCAUGUUAUGAAUAAAGUUUACACUUACGAGAAAAAAAAAAAAAAAAAAGGUCUCUGGAUCUCUCGUAACUCUCUCUUCUUUCUUUGUUUUUCGAAACUAUUGAUUCCUUAAGAUCCAAUAAUAAGUUCAACAAUAUGACACAAUUGUGAAUUGAUGCAGUAUAAGCUACAUUGAAGUAUGGGAUCCGUAUCGCUAAAGAUUGGCGAUGGAAGCGCAAGAUUCAAGCGAUCAACGCUUUUUUCUUCCGCCAUCAACCUCCUUAUGCUUUUCUCUAUAGUCACUACAAAUCUCUUUGCAUUAUACGCCUUCUCGUCUCGGUCCCAAUCCCACACGCCACAUCCUCUUCAUUCCAACAAUGUCUCUUUGGUUUCUCAACAUCUAUCACUCAUCCUCAGAGAAAUCGAUUCGUCCCACCGUACACUCUCUCUAAUGGAGAAACAAAUGAUUGGUUUUGAAUCUCUCGAUCUUUCACAUCAAGAAGUUCCACAAGAGCUUAAACUUUUCCUCCAACAACAUCAGCUUCCUCUUGGUAAAGAUUCUCGUACUGGUAUCACACAUAUGGUUGCAUCUGUUGGACAUUCCUGUGAAAUGUCUCUAGAUUUGUUAUCUCAGUAUAUGUCGUACAAUGUGUUUGAAAAGUGUCCGGAUGAUUGGAGCCUAGCACAGAAGUUGAUUCUCCGUGCUUGUGAACCGUUGCCACGCCGUCGUUGUUUGGCUAAAACAGUACAGAAGACGGGUCUCGCUUGGUUUCCUGAUUCUUUGUGGAGACCAGUUAGUAACAGUAGUGUUAACUGGAGCGGUCUUGGCUGCAAAAGUUUCGAAUGCUUGAAAGCUAAGAAACUGAGCCGGAAUUGUGUUGGUUGCUUUGAUCUAGCUACUAGUCAUGAGAAAGACAGGUUUGUUAAGGUUAAAGGGAAGACUGAUUUCUUGAUAGAUGAUGUUUUGGGUUUAAGCGAUGGGAAAAUCCGAAUCGGGUUUGAUAUUAGCAGUGGAUCAGGUACAUUUGCUGCUAGAAUGGCUGAAAAGAAUGUGAAUAUAAUCAGUAACACAUUGAAUAUAGAUGCUCCUUUCAGUGAAUUCAUAGCUGCGCGAGGGGUUUUUCCGUUGUUCAUUAGUUUGGAUCAGAGAUUACCGUUCUACGACAAUGUUUUCGAUCUCAUUCACGGUUCCAACGGAUUGGAUUUAGCGGCUAGUAAUAAACCCGAGAAGCUGGAGUUCUUGAUGUUUGAUCUUGAUCGGAUCUUGAAACCCGGUGGAUUGUUCUGGUUAGACAAUUUCCAUUGCGGUAAUGAUGAGAAGAAGAGAGUUCUUACACGUUUGAUAGAGCGGUUUGGGUAUAAGAAGUUAAAAUGGGUUGUUGGAGAGAAAACUGAUGUAGAGGUUUAUCUCUCGGCUGUUCUGCAGAAGCCUGCCAGGAUUUGAUUGAUUUUUGUUGCUUUUAAAUCAAGAUUUUGAUAUUUUCUUACGUUAUAAAUUUUUUUAUAAGUGUGAAUUUGUAUUUUGGGGUUUUGUCUGAUCAUGUAUGAUAGACAGUUGUGCUGUAUGUUUGUGCCAACAUCAUUUAAACCUGAUUCUCAAGCGAUCUCUUAUAUUUGAAAUUUUGCUU